UGUCAUAACGCGCUUUUCCAGGUAUCAUACCCAUCCGCAGCCUCAGCUCGCGGUCUGACACCAAGCACAAUACAAUCGUGCCAUGUAUUCAAGCACUAUACAUUUCCAGUUCAUACAGCAUGAUGUUGUUAUCGUCUCGGGUGAUGUUUUGUGCGUUAAUGGCUCAGUGGGGAGGAUGCUAUAUUCAACUCCACAUCCAUCCGAAAACAAUUCAUCUUGAUUCAUCACGCCAUCACGUGACCAUACGGUGUAGCCUCGAUCUGACACGCUCGAGAACGCAGAAGGUCUACUCUAUCAUGCUUAAGAAAGGAGGAUCUACCGUAGCUGUCUUAUUCCAAGAUAAAAUACUCCAUAAUAUGACGAAUCGACACUAUGACGUCACCGGGUCCGUGACAACAACCUCUUCGUCAGUUGCUUUCUUCCAAAUAGUGCUGGAUAAUGUCACGUGUCUUGACAGGGGAGAUUACUCUUGCAUCAUGGCAGUAAAACGUUUGGGUAAAGCUACGAGUAUGGAGCCGGUUACAUCUCGUCUGGAAAUCCAAGGUAAACCCAGUGAUAUUUCCGUCAGCCUUACACCGGACACAUCGGCCUACACCGAAGGGGAAGUGGUGAGCAUCACCUGCUACAGGCUCUGGAAUUCACAGACAGCGUAUUGGUCGUGGACUCUGCCAGACGGACACAAGUACACAGUAUUAAACAAUUGCACAUACAAUGUAUUUGAAUGUAUAUACCUGUGUAUAAGUUGGACACAAUACACUGUCACCAUGCACGACCCUGGAUCCCAGGUCAGAUGUGAGUCUGGGGGACUCGUGAAGACCAUACGAUUAAACCUGUCAACCACUUCUGAAGAGAAUGGCCCGUCAGCGACUACAGCAAGUACUGCCCCGCCGACACACACGACUACCUCCUCAAGGGACACCAGUCCGCCAGAAAGAGACGGAAGAAGGGUGCUGACAACAUAUGUUCUUGUGUCAGCGUUUGCUGUUGUUCUGAUAGUAACACUGAUCUGUCUCUUGUUCUCAGAUCCCAAAUGUAAAUGCCAUCCCCGUACGUUAAAGAACUCUAACGUACCAAGAGAUACAUUUCGCAGCGAGAGACACCGGAGACGACGACGAGUAAUGAUCGUUCAAUCCGGUAACUUAACUUGUCCCCCUCCAGGUCUGGACAGAGCCAGUGAUGAAACAGGAUACCGUGAGGGCUACCUUCAGCCUCAAGAUACUGCAGACAACAGUGUGUCAGAGAGCAAUGAACAUGUAUACGAAGAGAUUGAAUAGACCAAUCAGUGUAAAUAUUUUGUAUAUUUUCAAGUAUAUACAUGUAAAUAGUACGACUAGUUGUUCAUUAAAGACGUAUGUCAUCAAG